GACCAUAUUCGUCCCAAUAUCUUCGUCUUCCUCUCUCUUCUUUUAUCACACAGCACAACAAAUAAGAAUUUUAAUGGGGUUUCCAGUAGGUUUCUCAGCGGUUCUCUUCCCAAAGCCACUUCUCCCUACAUUAACUCUCCUCCUUUACCUUCGCGAUUUCAUUUCCGCUCUCUUCCUUUUUCUGGGUUUCCCCGAUUUCCUCGAACCCCACAUUCCCCCGACUCACACCGCGGACACCGGCGUUCCCGCCGCGCGCCACCGAGAUACCUCGAUCAACGCUCUCCUGUUACGGGAAUUACUACCCGUCGUCAAGUUCUCUGACCUCGUGGACCCGCCGGACAGUUGCGCCGUCUGUUUUUACGACUUCGAAAGGGAGGAUGAGAUCAGAUGGCUAACGAAUUGUCGGCAUGUAUUCCACCGGAGCUGUUUGGAUCGUUGGAUGGGGUAUGAUCGGAAAACAUGUCCACUUUGUAGAAUGAGCUUCGUUCCCGAUGAUAUGGAAGAGACGUUUAAUGAAAGGCUUUGGGUUGCUGCUUCCAUCCCUGAAUCGUUUGAUGAUUAUUGAUUCUUCUCAAAUUUACAAAAUGGGGAUUUUUGUUAUAUAAUUAUUUUUAUGUAUACAAAGUUUAAAAGUCAAAAGAUCCACGAAAUUACAAA